AUGGUGUUGUUGGUUAUCGCUCUGUUUUUAACCUCUACUUUUAUUGCUUCAGUGCCGGUGGGGGACCGAUCUGAAGAUCAGAAACCGGAAACCUUUUUAUUGUUUCAGUCCAAGUUGGAUAAACAGCACAAGAUUUUAAACGGCUCUCGACUUGACCUGAUGACAAAUAAGUACUUUGAAGAUUUUAAAGUCCCAGAGAAAAUCGACUGGAAUAUGCUCAGCCCUGAAACCAAGCAGAUCCUUGCCUCUUUGUUACAGAAGUUAUCGCUGGAUGCCCCAAAGGAAGUGACAGAUGAAGACGAAAAGAUGAUCACUGAUUCACGGGGAAUCCUCGAUGGGGGUUCAAUGAUGGAAGCGAUUAUGGAAGCGUUGUUCAAAACGGGCUUUUUAUCGCGUAUGUGCCGCGAAAGGGUGCUCAUGAGUCGACUGAUGAAGUAUCGCCAAGGGCUGAAGAACGAAUCGCUGGACGAUCCUUCAACAAACAAGAAGGACUUCGAUCCCAUGAUUGACGAUGACGCUGAAGGUCGAAUGGAGAGGAUCGGAUGCUCUGUUAUUGAAAAAAUUGAGUCCAACCCGAGCAUAUUCUCAAAGCUGAUAAAAAUGAUGUCGCUUCGACCUGAGCGCGCGAAAUAUGCCAAAAGUAAUAAGUAUGGUCGCUACAACGCUAGUCAAUAUGCGACUCUGGAAGAAGGCAACCUCACCACAAAGUAUGACAGGAGUGAAGCAGAAUUAUCGCACCCGACUGAAGCACGUCUCGAAGAGUGCUAA